CACAGCUCAACAAAUUAUAAAUAAGAUUCUGAUGAAAUCACAAAGAAACCAAAAAAUGGAGUUGUACAAAAUCCACAUCCUAGCAUUUGCAGCUUUGAUAUGUUGUACCUCCACAGCCUAUGGAUGGGGAAUUGAUGGCCAUCUCAUCACUUGUAGACUUGCUCAGCCGAGGUUGAGCAAGGCGGCUGCGGCCGCGGUCUCCCAACUCCUGCCUGCGUACGCGGAUAAUGAUCUCGGUAGCUUGUGCUCGUGGGCCGACCGUGUUAAGUUCCGUUACCACUGGUCGUCGGCCCUUCACUACAUCGAUACUCCGGAUCAACUCUGCUCCUAUCAAUACACUAGGGAUUGCAAAGAUGAAGAUGGGAUAAAAGAUAGAUGUGUGGCUGGAGCAAUCUACAAUUACACUAAUCAGCUCAUCACAUACACCAAUCCCAAUUCUCAAUAUAAUCUCACUGAAGCACUUCUCUUCCUAGCUCAUUUCAUUGGAGACAUCCAUCAGCCUCUACACGUCGGAUUCACUUCAGACAGAGGAGGAAACACAAUUGAUGUGCAUUGGUACACUAGAAAAACACUUCUUCAUCAUGUAUGGGACGACAACAUUGUCGAAACAGCAGAAGAAAGGUUCUUCGAUUCCAACGUAGAAGAACUCAUACAUACACUCCAAACGAACAUAACGACCGUGUGGGCGAGCCAAGCAAAGGCGUGGGAGGCCUGCAGCAAGACGGCCUGUCCAGACGCAUAUGCAUCGGAAGGGAUCAAAGCAGCGUGCGACUGGGCUUACAAGGGCGUUAGCAACGGCUCUGUUCUCAAAGACGACUACUUUCUAUCACGUUAUCCGGUGGUGAACAUGAGGCUAGCUCAGGGCGGUGUUCGUUUAGCAGCUACUCUUAACCGGAUAUUUGGAUAACGGAUUAUAUCAACGUGUUUAUUGCAUUCGAACUUCUUGUAUGAACAUGUUUUCGAUCAAAACAAGAUAAUCGAGCAAUUGAACUAGCAUGUAAUCUGCA